AUGAGUCCCUCGGGGCCCAUUAUACAAGUUAACCUCAACCACUCGGCUAGGGCUCAGGAUCUGUUGAUGCAGACCCUGGUCGAGUGGGAGGCCGGGCUGGCUGUAGCGGCGGAGCCAUAUAGGGUUCCCAAUCACCCAAACUGGGUGGGGGACCAGCUGGGCUCCGCCACCGUUGUAAGGCCAGGGUCCCCACCGCUUUCUAUUAUAGAAUGCGGUCGGGGAUUCCUGGCAGUGAGUUGGGGGGACCUCGCGGUGGUGGCUAUCUACGUGCCGCCGAGCUGGCCUCAUGCGGUCUUUGAAAGGUACCUGGACGGGGUUGGGAGAUGCAUCUCCCGCUGCCUUCCGGUACUCGUCCUGGGGGAUUUCAACUCCAAGUCUCAGGCUUGGGGUUCCCCCGAGACAGACGCAAGGGGCCGAGAAGUGCUCGAAUGGGCGGCCGGACUGGAACUCUGUCUGUUAAACACGGGCUCCGUCGAUAUAUACGUGGUCCUCGGCCUCUCCGCCGGCAGAAAUGCACAACCACGACGGCGCCCAGUGGCGGCAAGGCCACCACCGCGAUGGCCACUGAAGGAGAUGGAUGAGGACGCCCUAAUGGCGGCAGCCCACGUCGUGGCCUGGCCAGACGGCCGGGCCUGUCGACGGGCAGGUGGAAGCCCAACGGCUCCGGAGCGCAAUGAAGGCGAUAUGCGACGCCGCUAUGCCCCGGGCCAGGGUCCACCCGAGGAAGGUGGUGUACUAUUGGUCGCGAGAGAUUGUGGAUAUUCGCACUGA